GCUAGCUACCUCAUUCUUGAAUACAUUGUCUGUAACAAGUAUGGUUUUUUCUCUAGACUUCAAGAUUCCAAUGCCAUUAUGUUCUUUUGUUUUCUAUCUAAUUACCCUCCUUUCAUUCAUGUUCAAUAUCUCACAUGCCUUGAAGUUACAGAAUGGUAAUGAAACUGAUAUCCAAGCCUUACUUGCCAUCAAAGAAAAGGUAACUCAAGAUCCUCAUGGUAUGUUUACUUCAUGGAAUAAUUCAGUCCAUUUCUGCAGCUGGGAAGGUGUCACUUGUGGCCAUCUUCAUCAAAGAGUCACUAAACUGCACUUAACAUCACUUGACUUAGUAGGUACUUUGUCACCUUUCAUAGGAAAUCUUACUUUUCUUACUAGUCUCAAACUUGAGCUCAACAAUUUCCAUGGAAAAAUCCCACCACAGGUUGGUGGUUUGUUUAGGCUUCAGCAUCUUAGUUUGACUAAUAACUCAUUUUCUGGAGAGAUACCGAUAAAUCUUUCUCGUUGUUUGAAUCUUGUUAUACUUGGUGUUGGUUGGAAUCAGUUGUCUGGAAAGAUUCCAUUUGAACUUGGUUCAUUGCAAAAGCUUGAGAGAUUGCAAGUUCAUAACAACAACCUCAAUGGACCAAUCCCGGAAACCUUAGGUAAUCUUUCCGCAAUCAAAUCACUUUCCUUAUCGGUUAACAAUUUGGAAGGAACUAUUCCAAGUUCUCUUAGUCAAUUGAAGACAUUGAAUGUUCUUGGUUUGGGUAUAAAUAAGUUAUCUGGUAUUGUACCUGCUGAAAUUUUUAAUCUUUCAUCUCUUGAGAUAUUCACAGUUUGUUAUAAUCAGUUGUAUGGAACUUUGCCAUCAGACUUUGGUUUAAGUCUUCGUAAGUUGAAAGUUCUUAAGAUUGGUCAUAACUGGUUUACUGGACCCCUUCCAAAGUCAUUAUCUAAUGCUUCAAAUCUAGUUGAACUUGAUGCAUAUGGUAGCAAUUUCACUGGCAAAGUGUCAAUUGACUUCGGGGGGUUAUCGGAUCUUUGGUGGCUGAUUCUUGCAUCAAAUUCCAUUGGAACAGGAGAAGUUGAUGACUUGAGUUUUUUCAAUUCUUUGGGUAGAUGCAGAAACCUGAAAGUUCUGGAUUUGAGUGAUUGCAAAUUUGGAGGUGAGCUACCUGAUUCUAUUGCAAAUUUAUCGACGACUCUUCUGUCACUAAGAUUGGGAGGUAAUCAACUAUUUGGUUGUAUUCAUUCAGGAAUAGGGAAUCUUGUUAACUUGACUGAAUUGCAACUGCAAAAGAAUGAUUUUUCAUGUAGCAUUCCUGAAGUCGUUGGCAAUCUUCGUAGGCUUCAGUUAGUGGAUUUGUCCGAAAACAAGUUUUCAGGAAGUAUUCCAUCUUUUAUGUCUAACAUGACUCGAUUAUAUUCACUUCAUUUGGAAAAGAAUGAGUUAACUGGUAAUAUUCCCCUUAGUUUUGGCGAUUUCCGGUACUUGCAAGAUUUAGACCUUUCUCAGAAUCAUCUUAGUGGUACCAUACCAGAUGGAUUUAUGAGUUUGUCUUCCUUAACAAAUUCUCUUAAUCUUGCUGACAAUCAAUUGUCCGGUCCGCUAUCAGUUGAAAUUGGAGCUCUCAAUAAUCUUGGAAGAUUGGAUAUUUCUAAUAACAUGUUGUCUGGGAAAAUUCCUAGUAGUAUAGGGAGGUGUGUAGGUUUGGAAAGCCUUGUUUUAGCUGGCAACUUAUUUGAAGGUAUAAUUCCUUCAUCCAUUAGUUCUUUGAAAGGUCUUGAAGAAUUGGAUCUUUCGUGCAACAAUUUAUCUGGGCAGAUUCCAACAUCCCUUCAACUCAUUUCCUUAAAAAAAGUGAACUUAUCUUUCAACCAGUUUGAAGGUCAGUUGCCAACUGAAGGUGUUUUCAGGAACGCAACUGCAAUCUCCGUAUCAGGGAAUAGGAAACUUUGUGGGGGUAUACCGGAACUGGAGUUGCCAAUAUGUCCGAACGCUGACCCUGAUGGUAGUGAUAAGUCCAGAAGCAUUAAGCUAAUGAUCCCUCUUCUUUCUGGACUUGUUGCACUGGUUUUCAUCAUGUCUUUAGUCAUAAUCAUUCGGUUAAGAAAGGCAACGGGAGAGCCUUCUUUAACAUCUUCACCGGUUACUUAUGAGAGCCUAUAUAGGGCGACAAAUGGAUUCUCUUCUGCCAAUUUGAUUGGAAAUGGUAGCUUUAGUUCUGUUUACAAAGGGGUACUUGAUCCAGGUCAAUGUAUGGUUGCGGUGAAGGUGAUAAACAUUGACCAACAAGGGGAUACUUCUAAGAGCUUCAUGGCUGAGUGUGAGGCCUUGAGAAACAUAAGGCAUCAAAAUCUUGUUAAGAUCUAUAAUGCCUGUUCAACUAGUGAUUUUGAGGGUAAUCCGUUUAUAGCUUUAGUUUACGAAUACAUGCCUAAUGGGAGCUUAGAAAGUUGGUUGCAUCCUAUUCCGGGAGCUGAUGCCUCAACUAAUGAGGUGAGGAUACUAGGUCUAGUCGAAAGACUAAGCAUUUCUAUUGAUGUGGCUUGUGCACUGGAAUAUCUUCAUAACCAUUGCCAUAAUCCAAUUGUGUUGUGUGAUCUGAAACCGGACAACAUUCUUCUCGACAAUGACAUGACUGCCCAUGUAGCUGAUUUUGGAUUAACAAUGUUUUUCUCAGAAACCAUGAGCAAAUAUAGUUCAAUUGGAUAUGCUGCACCAGAGAACAGCAUAGGAGGUAAGGCUUCCGAAUUUGGUGACGUUUACAGCUAUGGGAUCCUUCUACUAGAGAUGUUUACUGGAAAGAGACCUACUGACAGCAUGUUCGAAAAUGGACGGAGUCUUCACAGUUUUGCUAAGACGGCUUUGCUUGAUGAAAUAGUAGACCCGAUGCUUCUACCUAGCAACAGCAGAGAAAGACAAGAGGCUGAGGAAGAAGGAGUACUUAUCAAUCAAGAUGAUACUAGUAUAAAACAAGAGCAGGAAUGCUUGAUCUCGAUAAUACAGAUUGGAGUUGCAUGUUCAGCUGAAUCCCCGAGAGAAAGGAUGGAUAUCGGGGAUGUUGUCAAGGAACUUCAACUAAUUAGAGACAUUCUCCUUGCUUCUCAUGCAAUUCACAGCUCAACCAGCGGGAGCUUGAGGUUCGAAGGGUCUUCCAGUCGUUCUGUUACUAGUAACUGGCAAAAUUUCACAUCAUUUCGUUUGCCUUGAUGUUUUUGGCUCUUAUAUAACAAAUUACUUUAGCAGAUUGAAGAUGUUAAUCAUCAUCAGUUCAAUUAUUUGUUCAGUUGGCCUAAUGCUGGUUAGUUUAGUUGAGCUUAAGCAAAUGGAAUUGGAAUUGUCUAUGUAUAUGAUGUUAUGACUUGGCCAAACACAUACACGACCCCUUUAGCUCGUCUCGAAAUCUCAU